AUGCCGUAUUUACGCCCCUCUACCACCGACCGUCGGAGCGCUAGCAACCUUGGCAUCACAGCCUCUGUGAACGAACUGCUCGCUGCGGACAAGAUUGAGAAAACACAAAAGGCGCAUCAGAGAAGAGCGAGGAGAUACCGUGAGGAGCUGAAGGAGAGCCUGGCAAGACAAGCGCUCUACGAGGAAGAAGAUAUUGGCGAGGAGAUUGUGGUCGCUCCACGUAGACCGGCUGCUGUCCCGGUCGCUGGCCACGGAGAUGCCGCUCGGGCAAGCCGCAACACGGAAGGCCCGCGUGGACACAAUGAGAACGACAACGAAGAGCAAGCACUGGGACAGUGGGGAGGACACGAGACUCAGGCGGGUAUCGAGGCAGCAAACGCCGGCAUAGCGCGCAUUCAUGCAGGUCAGCUCGCAGCCAGUCACGCGGACGAGGAAGUCGUCAGCCACACUGAAGAGGGCGCAGUCAGCUACCUAGACGAGGGCACAGUCGACGAAUGCCUCCUGUGCGGAAAUGCGCUCCCAGCUGCGACCUCUCAAGAAGCAACGCCCUUUCGCCCUUGUAACCACUUGGUUCUGUGCAAGCCAUGUAUGAUUGAGUACCUGGCUAAUAGGCAUCAGCCGGUCAAGAAAUGCUGGCGCUGGUAA